CCCCCUUCUCUUUUGGCGGGAAAAUCCCUUUCUCAGUUCCUAACAUUUUUGCCCUCUUUCUUCAAUCUUCUCCGAUGAUCUAAAACCCUAGUUAGUGUCAUCUGUAUUCUGUAAUAGCACAACUCAGCUCAAUCGAAACAUAAAAUGGCUCCAAAGAAAAGAACAAGUUCAGGAUCAACAAAGAAAUCAAGCCACCUAAACCAGAACCUUCAGCAUCAGCAGCAAUCUCAGCGUUCCAAAUUCGGGAUCCAGCAUUUCUUUGAACGCCACACCCAAAAUGUCCUCUCUCAGAAAUCCAAACCCCUCCUCGUUCCCCACAACUCCAAUUCCAACUCAUUUCAAAACCCUAAAGAAAAUUCCAGUGUAUCAGUACCAGAAACUUCUACAAAUAAUGGAUUGAAUUCGGAAAAGCGUGACAAGGAUAAUGCGGUGUCUCGAGAUAAAGGUUGUAGAAAUGUGAAUAAAUCGGAUCAUAUUGAUGUAACGGAGAGAUUUAAGGAUAAGGGAGUUGGGGAUGGUAAAAAUAAGGGAAAAAGAGUGACUUCGAAAAAGAAUGAGUUGGGUGGUCCGUCUCAGAGUACACCUACGGAGAAUGUGGUAACUGUAGGUUCAGGGGAGGAUAAAAAUCAAGCAGAAAUAACGCCUGAAUUUUGCAAGUCAGUGUCUGUGAAGCGCUUCAAGUUUUCUCCAGGAAUGCUGAUCAAGCAAACCCAGGAUGAUGGAGGUGAUGAAGUAACAUGGAAAAUAUCUCCAGUGAAUGGACGACUUCAUGCCGUGUCCAAACAGUUACCAGAGAUGGUAACGGUGUUGGCGGAUUCAUCACGCUUCAACUCCUUAAGUAUUCAAGAAUGUUCGCUGAAAAAGACGUCUCAUGGGACAGAAAGAAAGUUUGAGAAGCGGCUUUGUUCACCUCCACUGAAGGCGCUUGAUAAAUCAUUAGUAAGCUCAAAUAGGGCUAGCUUGAGAAACAGAAACAACGAUCAUGUAAUGGAUCUGUGGGAAACCAAUGGAAACUUUAACUGCCAGAGCAAAACUGAAGUAACUAACAGUCAGAGUCCUUUUCAAACUCCACCAUCUUUGACAUACGGCAGUGAUAAGCCUGCCAAUGCGGUCAAUAAUAAUGAAGUUACUGAUCAGCUUGGUUCAAGGCAACACAAAAAGGUCUUUGACUGCUCUAACAUUUUCAGCUAAUGUAAUUAUUUGCU